CCACAACCAUUAUUUUCACCGAUUCAUUUUCAUCUUCACCUGCAUCAACCAUGAAACCACUUCCUUUUGCCCAUCCAUCAUUUCAUUUCCUUCUCCCUUUGAUUCUCUACGUCGUUUAUUCUCCUCCUUAGGCAAAAAGAAGCGCCGUCAUCAACUUCAGUUGUGUUGAUCGUAAAAAGCUUACAAGAGUUUUCAGGUAGUUUAGAUCGUUAAGCAGGUUAAAUAUCAUCCAGGUGUACUACAUCAUUCAUUUUCGCGCAAAAAUAUUAAGUCAUCAUCAAACACAACAAGAUCGUUUUCAAGGAAUCAACAAAUAGGAUAAAUCAGAGGUAUCUACUUCUUUACAACGCGAAAUCAUCACGACAGGAGUCAUCUAUUUCUGGAACAAGAAUUACAAAGAAUCUCAAUCAAAUUUUCUAGUUCACUAGAAGAAACCCAGGUCUUCUUCCGAAAAUGUCCGCUGUUACCAAGGCUCGUGGCUCCCAGAUGGGAGAUAAGACCCUCCUCGGAGACGCUCAGUCCGCUUGGAAAUCGAUCGUCGCUGAUCGCGAUCAUGGCCACUUCAUGGUCUGCACCUACGACAAGCUUGCUGAUAAGAUUGUGGUAUGUUGAUGCUUCUUUUUCUUAUCACAAGUUUGAUGAUGUUGUACAUGUAAGUGUAUCUACAGUGGUAAGAAUGGAGAGCAGCAAGAAGUACAGUCGAAGUACUAGAAUCAAGAACUCAUUUUGGAGAGCCUUGAUGUGGGAUGAAUAACAAUGAUUCCUUCAGCACAGCCUCCUCCUUCUCCGCUUACCCAACAAUAACUCGAAUUCCAGCAUGAUCAUUCCAUCUACCAUCAAACAAUAUGAAACUGAAACUUCCACAGGUCGCCAAGUCCGGUGCUUCUGUUGCUACGCAUAGUUCCCAUGACGUGAUCGCUGACGAGGUUCAGGGUAUCGCCAAGACUGGACAAGCCUGCUGGGGUGCGUAUUCCUGGAAAUCUGUGCAGAACUCUAAGCCAGGACAAAAGGCCUACGUCUACCACAACGCUGUGCUCCUCUGCAUCCCCAAGGACUGCCCGAACAAGACCAAGAUUAACGAAAUUAAGAACCGCGUCAAAUCCGUUGUCUUUGAAGGUACUUAUUGAUAGAUAUUACUGCUUGAUCUUGAUCUUGCUGUAAGUUGUUUCGGAUAAUUCAAGAAGUUCUCCGUAUAACUUCAUGUUCUGGGCCUUCUUGAAGUAGAUGCUCAUGUUCUAGUUCUUCUACAACUUGUUGAAACUAAAAAGAAAAUACUCCUCCAUCCCCUUCCCCACAACACAGAAUGCGACAUCUACAUGGAGAUCACCGAUCCGACUUACGUCGACGACCCAGAGUUCUGGAUGCGCAAGCGUUCCGUCUGCCCUCCGGGUACUCGCUACUCUGUUAAGGCUUCCCUUAUUAAUUCCUCAUCUUGUUCCUCAGCAUGUUGGAAGGGUUUUGUAAGGGGAAAUGGCUACCAAGAUGCUCUUCAGGAUGAGUACCGGUAUUAAGGUCUAACUCUGACUUCGGUGGCGGCCACACCCACGCUCAGGAAGACUGCGCGCAUGCUCAACUCGUGUCUGACAUCGAAGCCGCCAAGUCUCGUAUCUCUGCUGUUAAUGAAACGAAGAAGGCUCAGGUACCACUGUUGUUGUUGAUGGUAGGGGUAGUCGACGUCUAAGGUAGUUUCAGUAUUCGGACGUGAGUUUGUGAUCGUGUUUGCGACUAUAGUACUAGAAGAUAAAUACGGUGCUGUUAUAGGCGUCCCAUCCCGAACCCAUAAAUACAGAUUUUCGCUGCUCAAGACGAGGAGAAGCAGCGCCGUAUUGAUUUGUGGCAGAAGACCAUCCGUUUGGCUGAGGCCGCGCGCAAGAAGAACCAGAUGGAGGCUUCGCGCUUGGCUGACCAGGAGCAGAAACGUCGCAUCAAAGAAGACGGCACUCAGUUAAGGCUACAACAAGAAAUCUCCCAUUUUCUUUCAGAAGCAUUUUCCUUGGUUCUUCCGUUUAUAAUUAGAUUCCGUAGGGAAAAAGGGAAAACAGGACCUCCGCCCAGGAUAUUGCUGCGUAGGAAAUGGAUUUCUGUUAGUUCUAACUCGGGCUUCCAAUGGACACGAACAACGCUUCAUGUCGAUCCGUGACGAAUUGAUGAGCCACGAAUCCCACGCCAAGUUGACCCGUGCCUCUCGUCGUCAGGCCUCCGUGAACAUCAUGAACGAUGUAAUGGAGCGCCAGCGCGAAUUGACCGACAAAUGGACCUCCAUGGAAAAGGAAAUGAUGGAAUUGAGGUAUUUAUUUCAUCUUUGGAUUUGGUCGACUCUCGCUCGACAUUAUUAUCAUUUUAAUCUUUUUGUAGACGUUUCCGGUUCGAGAUGAUUAAUUAGAUUCAUUAGGUCGGUAGUUGUCUUACCUGUGUCAUCGGUUUCGAUGUUGUGAGACCUCAAAUUUUCAUCAUACUGUUUCUAGUUGUAUUUUUGAUCUUCAUUGUAAGUACUUCAUCGCUAUCAUAAUGAUAAUCGUAAGUGGCAAAUCAUGAUGAUCUUGUUUACAUUGGAGGAGACAAAAAUCCAUCAAGAAUGAUCUACACCUUCUAGACUCUAAAUCUUCCAAAAUUCAUUGAUCAUGUUAUCUUCAAAGGAUUACAACAUACAAUCACAAACUGAAACAAUCAGACAACAAAAUGCUCUAUUGUGUAUGCGCAUCUUGGAGGCUGAGAAGCGUCGCCGCAUCGACCAGCACGAGGAGGAGUACGUCCGCAGCGCUAUGGCCAAGGAAAUGACUGGCGCGAUCCGUCACGAGUUGGUGGAAGCCCACGAACUGAUGGAACGCGGCGUGAACCAACGUGGUGCCAAACUCGCCAUGGACCAAGAAAAGCGCGAACGUUGCAUGGCCAGCAACAUCCCAUCUCCCGAAAUGCAGUUCAAGCGCCAGUUGACCCAAAAGGAACUCAUUGGAGCGGUCAGAAAAAUCGAAUAA